UUUGCAGUGGAUUUUGACCAUUGGAUUGGUCAAAGUUUUUUAGGUUGACAGUGAGUUUAUGAUGGUCAGUUGGUCAGCAGUGUAAAUAAUGGCAGUCCUGGGUCUGUCUCUCCUGUCCUCCUGGUGGUCAUGGAUCAGUUUUGGAUUCAUGGCCGUCCUGUUUUACAUCAUCUUCAGAGUGACCUUGGCCUAUAUGGACUAUCGUACUUGGGCCCACUUCUACAUUGAUCUCCCUGGGGAUCCCUACCCCAGCAGACUCCUAGGGCACCUGCUGAUGUAUCCCGGGCCUAAUGAGGAGGGACUGAAAUUCCAGAUGGAGCGCUGUGACAGAUACCCAAUGUUUCACUUACUGUGGAUUAGCUUCAGACCAGUGUUAAUUCUUCAUCAUCCAGAAACAGUAAAAGUACUUCUAAAAUCUACAGAGCCAAAACCUCGCCAGCUAGGUACAGUAUAUAUCUUGGGUCUGGAUUGGCUGGGAGAGGGUUUACUUAUAGCUAAUGGACAGAAGUGGGCGCGGAAUCGCAGGCUCCUGACCCCAGCAUUCCAUUUUGAGAUUCUACAGUCUUACAUAGCCCUCAAAAACAAAGCUGCUUCCGCUCUGGUGGACAAGAUAGAUAAAGAAGUGGAGACAGGGAAGAGUUUUGAGUUGUUUUCUUUUAUUGGCCUGGCCUCUCUAGAUAUAAUACUCCAGUGUGCAUUUUCCUUUGAGAGUAACUGUCAACAAUUAGGGGACACACAUCCUUAUGUCCACGCUGUUAACGUGCUGUCUGAUAUCUGGGUGGCAAGGUCUUUAAAGCCUUGGUUUUACUCUGACUUUUUGUUCAGUUUGUCACCCAGUGGACAAGAGUUCAGAAAGAACUGUGAUUAUGUGCAUAAAGUGGCAGAGGACAUUAUUGAGAAGAGAAGAAAAAGUUUAAAAGAAGAUGGACCAAAUCCAAAAACUCGCCACCUAGACUUUCUGGACAUUUUAUUGACAGCAAGAGAUGAAAAUGACAAAGGCCUGACCUCACUAGAAAUCAGGAAUGAGGUGGAUACAUUCCUGUUUGAAGGCCAUGAUACAACUACGAGUGGCAUGUGCUGGACUUUGUAUUUACUGGCCAAACAUCCUGAGCACCAGGAUCUCUGUCAGAGAGAGAUAGACGAUCUUCUGAAGGGCCGAGACAACAAGGAUUUAGAAUGGGCCGACCUAUCUAAGCUUAGUUAUCUGACUCAGUGUAUAAAGGAGAGCAUGCGGCUCUACCCCCCAGUGACCUUUAUACAGCGGGUCACAACCAAGGAGACGGUGUUAGACGGCCAUCCCAUUCCAGAAGGCACCACCAUGGGAAUUCAGAUUUAUAACCUCCAUCAUAACAAGGCAGUCUGGGAAGACCCGUACGAGUUCCGCCCCAAUAGGUUCUCCCCCGACAAUGAAAAGAAUGACAGCUUUGCUUUUGUACCUUUUUCAGCAGGUCCCAGAAAUUGUAUUGGCCAACACUUUGCAAUGAAUGAAAUGAAAAUCAUUCUUGUUCAUAUUUUACAAAGAUACGAGUUAAGUUUGGACCCAGAUCAUGAAGUUAACAUUAAGAUUGGGGUUGUGCUAAGAACAAAGAAUGGAAUUAAAGUCCAAGCACGGAGAAGGGAUGUAUGAAAAAUAGGAAGCUUGCAUGUAUUUGUCAGGGAGCAGUAAUACAUGGAGUGUUACUUCACCAAACAAGACUUUCAGGCUUUAUUACGACAUAUUUGUUAUCUAUUCCUCACUGGUGAAUUCAUGUAUUAUUGUUAUUACAUGGGUUUAAAUUCACUGAAUGGUUAUUUAUUACUAUUUUACUUGACCCAGUUGUCUUUAAAUUUGAGCUAGUUUUAUCAUGACUUCAGUAUAUACUGAUCUUAUAUGUAUGAUUUUUCCAUGUUUGUUGAAUUUUUAUGACUGUGGAGUCGGUAAUAUUGAACUACAUUUAACAUUCAGUUUGAUUUAUUUGACCUAACAAUAAGGUUCAUCUAUUGACAAUUCCUUGCCAUAUCAUAUCAGUUCCAUUCCACUGUUAAUGAACCUCCGGUUAUUAUAGCUAGUCUGGAUUUUAUUCAUUCCAUUAUUUAUUUAAACAGAUACGCAGUGCUGUUAUUUAUUCAUUUUUUUUGUAUUUUCAAGCAAUAUUCCAUGAAUGAUUUUUCCUGAAAUCUUUAUGAGAUUUACAACAAUUUUACACUGUUAAAUAUAAUU